CUUGAAACCCUUUAUGUAUUUACCCAAGAAACCGAUCGUGAAACCUCUAGCGUGCCCUCUGCUUGUCCUGCAGACUCUUGAGAACAUUUCCACUUUCUCUCUCUCUCUAACUAUUUGAGUUUCAAUGGCGGCGAGGAAUGCAUUGCUGAAGUACCUGAGAGUGGAAGCUCGGCCUGCAGCAGUGGGAAACCCUAGAAGGCUCGUCGGCACCGCAUUUACACAGGUAUUCAGACGCCAUUUCUCGGAGGAAGUGAGGGGCUCCUUUCUCGACAGGUCUGAAGUCACUGAUCGUGUUAUCAACUGUGUCAAAAACUUCCAGAAAGUUGAUCCUUCUAAGGUUACGCCAAAUGCUCACUUCCAAAAUGAUCUUGGUUUGGAUAGCUUAGACACCGUAGAAGUUGUGAUGGCCCUUGAAGAAGAGUUUGGAUUUGAGAUUCCCGACAAUGAAGCUGAUAAGAUCAACUCCAUCAAUCUAGCUGUUGAUUUUAUUGCAUCUCACCCUCAGGCAAAAUAAGGGAAAUAACUUGCAUAUAAAAUUCAUUCCCAUUUAUACUUUUCUUUUUCCAAUUGAAGUAUGAACUGGCUUUUCAUUUUUCUCACUGUUGGGUGUGUGGUUCAUAUGUUUGACUUCUCUCAGCGUUCAUCAGUUUUGGAUAAUUCGUCACAAUGAGUUGUCAUAGUGAAAAUGCUUUAUAAUGGCCUCAAACGAAAGAUGUUACUUUACUGGUUGUUAGAAGUUGUCUUUUUAUGAAAAUAAACAAGCAUCAGCAUCCUUUGGGUGCUGGAUUCAUGAGUA